AUGAGUGAUCGAUUCGCGACUCUAUCAGUUGAGGAUAAGUUACGCCUCCAAGCGUUGAUAAAAGAACUUGCAUGCGCAACGCAAGAUAACAAGCAGAAAGAGGAAAAGAUUCGUGAUCUCGAGGAAAAACUAGACGAGGAGUUGACUUUGAAAAAGUGCGUAGAAUCAAAAAAUGAAAAGAUUCAAAAAGAGCUGAAAUAUUCUCAAAAAGAAUUCUACAAAUUCAAGAAAUCUCUCAUGUCCCGGCAAACUAAAGUCUCCGAGAAAAUUGAAGACGCGAAGAAGAAAAUAUCUGAUUUGAAACAUCAGAGAAGUAAGGAAAAGAAAAUUUUUCGCGAGCGCGAGAAACGAUUGAAAGAGCAGCUUGAACACCAACUUGAUACCGCUCGAGCUUCAGAGAGACGAGCUGAAGAGGUGCAAGAAGAACUAAAGAAAUAUGCGACUGCCAAGACUUCCAUCAGCGCUCAAACAAGUUUCAUGAUUCCAGACAACGAGGAAGAGUCCAUUAGCGAACUGCACAUUACUACUGAAGAAAAACUUCCACCAAUUCCAACGCGAAAGAACGCGGAACUCAACACUUCAACGAUUUCCAUUUCCGAUCAAUUGCGACAAGAACAGAAGCAACUCGACGAUCUCAUGGAGCAACAAAAUAAACUCUUGGAACAAGCCAAAAUGUUCAGAGAAAGGGUCGAUGAGAAGCUUGCUCUUCACCAGAGCUUCAAGAGCUCGAGAAAUGUAUCAAGAAUGAAAGAGGCGGAGACGGAAGUUGAGGAGAGCUUUUUGAGGGACAUUUCUUUCCAAUCUCUUCCAAAAACUUCUCCCCGAUCUCAAGCAUCAGUCGAUAUUGCCGCUUUGAUUGACCAAAUUGACGACGUCGACCAAGAACUUCGUGGCAUCCCCGACGACACGAUUAAACUCGUCGAACUCAUCGACGAGCUCGACUUCGAAGAAACCCUCAGCCAAACGAAUCACAACCAUUCGAUUGUCUCUGCUCCUACCUCUGUUACACAAACACCUUCUCAAAUUGAAAUGAGCUUGGCAGCUCUUGCCAAAAAGCAUUCGGGGCAGUCGAGUGGGAGUAGUACGAAAUCACUUUCUUCUCUUCUCAAGCCAAAAGAAGCAUCAUCAUCAUCUGCAGUUUCAGUAAAAGGAUCAUCUGGAGUCUCGUUAAAAACGCUAGCUUCAAAACAGUCUUCAAGCUCGAAAUCCCUCUUCGGAUUAAAAACCAAACUAGAUGCCAAAUCAUCGCCGGAGAAGGUCAAAUCGUUACACAAUGAGCCGGAUCUUGUUAGAAAGAAGCUCGAAAAUUUAUCCGUCUCAGAGAAUUUCGCAUCCUCAACAAGUGAAUCACCAUUCAACGGAAAUGCAUUUUCCACUGCCAAAAAGAGCAGCUGUGGAAGAAUCGCCAAACGCAGAAUGCAAAAUAACAGCUCAAAUAUUCUCUACGCGCUCGAGUUUUGCUCAAACGCGAAAAAAUUCACCGCGAAAGAAAAUUCCGCGCAGCAGCUUGAAAAAACCGCAGCACUUGACUUUCACUCCCAAUUUUCGAGAUUUGACAGAGAAGACCUUCUCCGCUGGAAACUGCAUUCAAUGCUUGAGUAUCCAAGAACGGAAUCACUGUUUGAUUUUUCAACUCUCUCGCCAGAUGACAUUGUUCUUGAAGCUCAGAAAAAAGCCUUCACCAGAUCGUAA